AUGGUCGUUUGUUUCGGUUUGGUGUUAUCGUCAAGAAAGGUGGUUUCUUCUUCUUCUUCGACGACUGCGGAAGCAGUUUUGAUAGUUGUCGAUCAAUCCGGAAAAGGUGAUUAUAGAAAGAUACAAGAAGCAAUUAACUCGGUUGCUUCUAAUAAUUCCCAACGAAUGUACAUUUCGAUUAAACCAGGAACAUACAGAAAAAUUGUUACUCCGGCGGAGAAACCGUUUAUAACGUUGAGUGGAACGGAGGGGUCGAAUACCACCAUAACAUGGAACGACAGUGGAGAGAUAUUUGAGUCUCCAACCUUAUCAGUUAUGGCUUCUGAUUUUGUUGCAAGAUACCUUACUAUUCAAGUGAGUUUUCAUAUUAAAAUACCUAUUCUAUGCUACAUGAUAUAUUUGAAAAUUGCGUCGUUUAGUUGUUGCUAUCAAAUGUUUAGCUUAUCUGUUGGAUACAUUGUUUUGUUAACAAUGACCACUAAUCAUGUAUUUAUCUCACGAUGUAAAACCGUGUGGCAGAAUUGUCAGUUAAAUUCACUUGCUAAAAACUUGGGAAUAAUAACAGCUCAACACCGAAACUCACCAUCAGAAAAUACAGGCUUCAUAUUCUUGGGUUGUAAGAUAACUGGCUUGGAUAACAGCACUGUUCUUGGAAGGCCAUGGGGCCCAUUCUCUCGUGUCAUAUUUGCAAAUACGUACAUGUCAAACGCAGUAUCACCAGAGGGGUGGCGUGAUUGGGAUGAAACAAAAUACGAAAGGUACCAACACUAUGGUGAAUACAAAUGUUAUGGUCCAGGAGCCAAUAGAUCUAAUCGGGUUAAAUGGUCUCAUGAGCUAUCACGCGAUGAGAGUGCACCCUUCAUGAACAAGACCAUAAUUGGGGGCAGAAGUUGGCUUAGACCUACACCAACACGUUUCAAGAAACACAUGCCUAAUGCCAACUAGAAUCAGAUCAUGUUUCUUAGUUUUUUUAAAUGGGUCAUGUGUGUCCUGAAUUUUUGCUUUUGAUAAUGAAGAUAUUUGUAAGAGC